AUGAAUUCUGCCGUGUAUUUCAGCAAGUUUCUGGUUACGAACCAAGUUUUUUACAAAUCUAAACAUUCGUUUGCGCUUGUCAAUCUGAAGCCGCUGGUACCUGGCCAUGUUCUGGUGGUACCGUUCAGGACCAAUGUCAUCGGCCUGUCGGACCUUACGGAGGAUGAGAAUGAGGAUUACUUCAAGACUGUGCAGCUCAUUCACGGAUUUAUCAAGUUUCAUUUUAAAGCUGACUCUAUGAACGUUGCGAUCCAAGAUGGCCCGGAAGCAGGACAGACGGUUCCACACUUGCACACGCACAUUAUUCCUCGAUACCGUGCGAAUAACGUCGGGGAUAGAAUCUACGAAAUGAUAGACAAUUGGACCUUCGAAUCGUGGGCAAAAAGGCGUGAAGAGUAUAUCAAAACCGGUGGGAGAGAGGGCAGAAAACAAUUUGCCAAGCCAGACGACCAGAGGAUCGCGCGGUCUCAAGAACAGCUGCACCAAGAGGCACAAGAACUAGAGGAAAGUCUCCGCAGGUUUCAAGCCGGCAUCAGACGCUAG